AUGGACCCUACCUUUAAACCUAAGAAGGAAAGACCAGAGGAGGAAGAGUACACUGAUGCUAAGAUAAUGUAUUUCCACCCAACUAAUACUGAUAUCCAUGAAAAGCGUAAAUAAGUUGGUAUCAGUGAGGGUAUAGUAUCUUUCUUCCUGCCAUUUACAGACAAUACUGAGCCAAUUCAGUGCAUCUCUACUUUGAACUUCACCCAUGUGAUGAAAGAAAUCGAGAAAGACAUUUGGCUGAAUAUUGUUAUCACUCAUCCAGAGACUCUCUACGGACCAAAGUAAGAUCCCAAAGAGGAGGCUGAGACUAUAGCCAAUAAUAAGUUUUAAGUCAGUUUAUUCAGAGAAGAGGACUCUAAGAUUUUCCAUAAGCUCCUUGAUGUCUAUUACAAGUAUUUCGAGCUAUUUCAUGGAACUUUAAGAGAACUCUGGAAUACUCAUGAAGAAACAUUUGAAUCAAUACUUGAGGAUUUUACUAAGAACUUUGACUACCACUUUUUCAGCAAAGAAUUUGAAAGAAAUUUCUUUUGGAAUAUUUCAUUUUAAGGCUUAUUUUAUUGUCCCAUCGAGAAAAAGUAAUUCCUAUAGACUCAGCUUUUAGUAAACUCAUUACUUUAAGAAUUCUAAAAUGAUGUUCAACAUAUGAUGGUAUUCCACGAGGAGUUUUACAUUUCAAGUACUUUGCCUCACCAAGAUAUCUAAAAUCUAUACUCAUAUAUUGUGGGUUGUGGAGAGUGCAGCAGAGAUAAGAGAAAAAUAAAGAUAUUUACCUAUAAAGAAGCGGGUAACACACAUAGAGUAGACCAGCAAAAGCAGGUUUAAUAUUCACUUGGAGCUAAUGAAUUGGCAUCUACAUUCAACAAUCAAUUGAACAUCAAUCCAUCCUCAAUAUCUUAAUCUGAGAUUAUCAAUACUGAAACUAAUACUUAAAAUCAAAAUUAAGAAUCGAUAUCUGUUGAUAAUGGCUCUAAUUUUUUCCAAAUUACUCAUAAUGAUUUAUUCGGAUAAGAUGAAGCUCUAGGUAUUUCUAACUUUGGAAAAAUCAAUCAGAAAGCUUUGAAUCUUCCUUUCAAUCCUAAAUCCGUGCAGUUCUUGAUUGGACCAGUUUUUUCGCAAGCGUCAAAUAAUCCCAAUGAUCAGAAAUACUGUGACUUAUUCGCGCCCAGAAUUUAUAUUAAGAACUCUGAAGGAGUGCUAGAGCCAUUUAAAAUGCUAGUGUUCUAAGCACAUAAAACUCUCAUUACUCUGUUAUUCAAAAAUGACUAUAACUUUACAUAUGAGGUUUUGGACUCAAUAAACAGAUUUUUAUCAUUACAUUCCCCACCAGUUUCUAGCUAAUUGGAUAUCAUUAUAGGCAAAGUAUUAAGCAAAGAAGAUCCUAUUAGAUUUGUUUACUUUAAUCAGAUGAAUUUGGCCUUGAAAUUCAGUAACUUAAUCAAUAAGGAGGUUUUCACACCCGAAUUGAUCCUCACUCUUAAUCAGAUACAUGACUCAUUUGUGAAUGAUCCAGAUUGUGUGGAAUAACACAUGAACAACUCUUUUUAUUGGCUUGUAGGAAUAAAUUCCUGUGGACGAGAGAUCUAUCUGAUCUUCCCUCCAAACUAUACCUCUUCUAAGGUAGACUUAGAGAAGAAAAAGAUAUUGGCCGCUUACUUCUAGAAUCUGUUUAUUUGA